AAGGACAUGUGGUCGUGCCUUCGUCGGUUCCCUUUGGAACCAAAAGAAAAGGGAACAGAUAAGAGCGGCGGGGGUGACACUGUCAAGGAUGACGUUAGAAAUAAGGUAGAACUUGCGACCCUGGUACCGCCUGAUCCCACCCAUGCUGCUUACUAUGCUGGUAGCCAAUUUUGCUGCUUCGUGGUAUGCUACAUUCUCGGGUCAAGAUGCCUUUGAUAUCCAAGAAAAGCGUCCAGGCUUGUUUUUCGUGUUUUUCGUUUUCGCCGUGGUGGUGUUGACGUUCGUAAUUAAUGGCUUGGGGUAUAUUUUGCAACUGAUAUACGUCCUUACCUAUGGUGGUGGAUACUAUGAUCCGGACGAAUGGCGAUUACUGAUGUCCCAUCCAAUUCUUGCAACGUCGUACAAUGACUUUUGGAACUAUCGCUGGCACCAACUUUUUCGAUGCAUUUGGCUUGCUAUCCCUUUCCGACCCGUUCUUCUACUUUUAAAAAACAACACCAACAACAGCAAUCCAGAGAAGAAGCAGCAACAGAGCAGCCAAGCCAGUCUCGCGCUAGCCACACUCGCAGUCUUUUUUGUGUCCGGUCUCAUGCACGAAUACUUGAUUUUAUGUGGCUCGGGCGUUCGCGCUUAUUGGAAUGAAUUGAUUGGCCAAGAGUGUUUGUUUUUCACCUUGCACGGCAUGGCGGUUAUCCUGGAACGAGCUGUGCAGCCUUACCUCAAAGUGCAAACGGGUGUACUUGCAGAUACCUUGAAGCGGAUCUGGGUGAUUUGGUUCGCUUUUCGUACAUUCCCUCUGUUCCUGAAUGGGUUCGCAUACUGGGAGCUGUGGCACGCCAAUCCGUUCAACAUGUUUACACCCUACUUUUUGGAGAACGUGUGGCGAAAAUACACCAUUUUGCAUGCUUUUUGUGGAAGUUAUCUUUAGACUGCUGUAAGCAUUUUACUAUAAGGGCCUUGUUUAGAUUGAACGGUAUAGAACUUUUAUAUCUUUAUAUAUAUAUAUAUCCCUAUUUUUUUCUCGACCACUACAAUAAAGUUUUGUUACUAACAGACAGUAGUUCGAU